UAGCAAGGGGUUUUAUCAUUAGUUUUAUUUCAUAAUGAUAAUAGAAGAUAUCUAUGAUGAUAACAAAUAUUUUUAUUGUUAACGCAUUUUAUUUUAAAAUUAUUUAACAUUUUUACAAAUUGAAGUAUUCCCGAUUCUGUACGAAUUAUCAUUUGUCUUCAAGCUAUGGUUCGUACUUGCAUUGUUUGUCAUGUAUCCUCUAAAGAUAAUACAGGCAACGUAUCAUUUCAUUUUUGAAAACAAGUGACGAAAAUAAUCCAUCUCCAAGUGAAGGUAUAGAAAAUGUAAGCGUGUUACCAACAGAGUCAGAGCCAGCUACAUUUUCUGAUUCGUGUGAAGUCGAUUCUAACAGUCAAUAUGAUAUCGCAUUGAAGAAAAUGCAAAUCAAAAAAUUCGAAAUGAUCCAAAUAUGCUUUACAAAUAUUUAAAAGAAACGUGGUCACCUAAACAAAAUUAUAUUUUCCCUGGAUAUGAUGGUGGAGCAAAUAUGUCUGGUAAAUACCGCGGAGUUCAAGCUAGAAUCUUAAAUUUGCAACCAAAGGCAAUAUACACUCAUUGUGCAUCGCACCGCCUAAAUCUAACUUUAAUAAAAGCAUGUAGAGACAUGAUAUCGAAAGAAAAGUAUCGAUACUUUCACUUGGUAACGAAUGGAAUGAAAAUAACGAAACGUAACGACCGGUCAGUGACUAAGUGUACCUUUUGGCCAAAAGAAGAGGAACAAUACCGAAACAUCACACAUGGUAUAGCAGAACUUGCAUCUUAUUCCUUCUACACCAGAUUAUUACAUUUUUUAUUUACUUAAACCACUACAAUGUCAAAUCUUCAACAUAGUGGCAACUUGAGAAAUGCUCCUGCGAAGAGUGUCCUUGAUGUGGUGAUAUAGAUAUUGGCAAAUAGUGGUGUAUCAAGUCGACUGAGUGAUCCAGUAAUAGCUAAAAAUUUCUCAUUAUUGAUUGAUAUUAAUGGUAUUAAAGAUGACAUUAAAGAAUUUUCAAGGUCU